ACUCCAUUAGUCUUCGAGUCCUCCACCAGUAAGUCCAGAGAAAGAGAGAACAAAAAUGGAGGAACAACAGAAAUCCGGUCAUUUGGUGCUCGUUAUGGCACCCUUCCAAGGCCACUUAACUCCCAUGCUCCAGCUAGCUACUAUCUUGCACUCAAAGGGCUUCUCAAUCACUAUAGUUCACCCUGAAUUGAAUUCUCUUAACCCUUCAAACCACCCCGAAUUCACCUUCGUAUCCAUACCAGAUAAGAUCAAGGAAUCUCAACUCUCAGAUGAAGACCUUGCAGAUAAGCUCAAGGAAUCUCUAGUCUCAAAUGUAGAUGUUGCAGGUUCCUUGCAGAGUCUCCACAAAAACUGUGCAGCACCAUUACAAAAAUGCCUCGAAAACAUUUUGCACUCUCAUCACCAUAUUGCUGCAGUCAUCUAUGAUACACUCAUGUUUUGUGCUCAAACUAUAGUCAACGAACUGGGGAUACCCGGGAUAACUUUGCGUACAACUUCGGCUACAACAAUGCUAUUAUUUUCGGUACUUCCUCAACUUGGUGAGAAAGAAUUAAUGUCUGGAAUUGAAUCACCCGAGCUUCAAGCUCUGCAGCUUCAACGCUUACGAGCAUUAAUAGUACAGAAUCCGACUCAAGCGAUGAUGGAGGUGAGAGCUGCAUUCACAAAUGCGAUUAAGUUCUCAUCAGCUAUAAUUGUGAACUCAAUGGAAUUUUUGGAACUAGAAGCACUGUCAAAGGUAAGACAAUACUUUCCUACUCCAAUUUUCACUGUAGGACCAUUACACAAAUUAGCUCCAGCCAUUUGCUGCUCAUUAUUGACCGAAGAUGAUAAAUGCAUCUCUUGGCUUAACAAACAAGCCCCCAAAUCUGUCAUCUAUGUGAGCUUUGGUAGCAUUGCCAUCAUUGAUAAGCAAGAACUAAUUGAGACAGCUUGGGGAUUAUCCAACAGUAAACAACCCUUCCUGUGGGUGGUUAGACCUGGUAUGGUUUGUGGCUCAGAAUGGAUUGAAUCUUUGCCAAACGGAUUUGAGGAGAGUGUGGGAGAAAGAGGUUGCAUUGUGAAAUGGGCACCUCAAAAGGAAGUGUUGGCUCAUGCUGCAGUGGGUGGAUUUUGGAGCCACUGUGGGUGGAAUUCAACCAUUGAGAGCAUUUGUGAAGGGGUACCAAUGCUAUGCAGACCUUUCUUUGGCGACCAACUCUUGAACUCAAAUUACAUAUGUAAUGUUUGGAAAAUAGGCUUGGAGUUGCAGAAUCUAGAAAGAGGGAAUACAGUAAGAACAAUAAAACGACUAAUGGUGGAUAUGGAAGGAAAGGAUAUGAGAAAGAGAGCUAUGGAUUUGAAGAAGAAAGCUGCUCUUCGUCUUAUGGAAGACGGUUCUACAAGUUGUUCUUUCAAUGGGUUAAUAAAGCAGAUAUCAGUUUAAGAGACAUGAAAUUAAACAUCCUUGUAGUUCUAUUUUGCAAUUACCCCACAACCAAAUACCCAAUGAAUUUCCCACGAAAAUUGGCAGGUUGGAUUCUCCCUACUUUCUUUUCUUCCACAAUAAGUUGGUUCUCAAUAAUUUAAUAUAUAACUUUAUCAAUCA